UGAGCAGACGGUGCAGCUGGCGAGGAAGAUGGCGGCGGGGUGUGGGGAGCGGAGCUCCGUUGAAGUGUGAGACUAAAUGUGCUGUCUGAAGGUGUGGGAUGGAGGAGAUGGAAGGAACAUACCGUGUUUUACAGACUCCUGGAGCUCGACUUGGAACAGUGACAAAUGCAGCAGUUAGUACUCUGGAGCCAGGGCAGAGCCUCUCGAUCGGCACCACAUCAUCCUCUAGUAAACCACGUGGCAGAGGGAUGCAGCUCACGGUUCAGUUGUUGGAUGAUGUGCAAGAACAGUUUGAAGUAGAGCAAAAAGCUUACGGGCAGGCCCUGAUGGAUGAAAUCUGCCAACGCCUCAACCUCGUUGAAAAUGAUUACUUUGGACUGGAGUUCCAGAACAACCGGGGGAAUGAGAUCUGGCUUGAACCUGCAAAGCCUAUUGUGAAACAAGUGCAAAGACCAAAGAACACAUUGUUCAGACUUCGUGUUAAGUUUUUCCCCCCAGACCCUGGUCAGCUGCUAGAGGAGUAUACAAGGUACUUGUUUGCACUGCAAAUUAAGCGGGACCUGGCAGAGAACAAAAUAAUAUGCAGCGAGAACACAUCUGCACUCCUCAUCGCUCAUAUUUUGCAGUCUGAAAUUGGCGAUUGUGAUGAAGCUGUGGAUUUGGAUUACCUUAAGAACCACACGCUCUUGCCAAACCAGCAAAUGCUUCAGGAAAAGAUUAUGGCCUUUCAUCGACAAAACAUAGGUCAGACUCCGGCUGAGUCAGAUUUCCAGGUUUUGGAGAUAGCUCGGAAGCUCGAGAUGUAUGGAAUUCGGUUUCAUCCAGCCACUGACAAAGAAGGGACGAAAAUCAAUCUGGCUGUGGCCCACAUGGGGGUGCUGGUAUUUCAGGGUAAUACAAAAAUAAACACAUUUAAUUGGGCGAAGAUCCGAAAGCUUAGUUUCAAGAGGAAAAGAUUCCUCAUCAAGCUCCACCCAGAGGUCCAUGAUUCCUACCAAGAUACAUUGGAAUUUCUUCUGCCUGACCGUGAUCUGUGUAAGAUUUUCUGGAAGAACUGCGUUGAAUAUCAUACUUUCUUCAGACUCCUGGACCAACCCAAGCCAAAGGCCAAGGCAAUUUUAUUCACCCGGGGAUCCUCCUUUAGAUACAGUGGAAGGACGCAGAAACAGCUGGUUGACUACAUGCGUGAGAGUGUGACAAAGACACUCUCUUAUCAGAGGCGGCACAGCAGAGCACGAGGCCCAGCGCAGAUUUUGACCAAAGAUGUGCCAAGACAGAGUUUAUCGUUCACUGGAGAUGCAGAGGUUCCAGGCUCUCCCUUCUCAACUACUGCUGCUUCCUGUCAGUCCGUCCAGUCUGCAUGCAAGGCCGCUACAGACAGCCAGUCCAUCCACCGGGAUGAUGGCAACGUGUUCCUGAUCAAUAAGAAUAUUCCUCAGAAACCUCCAGUGGACAUGAAGAUGAGUCCAACGAUGGAAGAAACAUGGAAGACUUCCAGUCAGCCUUCACCAAUCUCCUUGCAAGGUGGUUUGGGUGGCAGUCUUCAGCUAUCCCCUCUUGCUACAAGGAGCACCCUCAAUGUAUUGGUUCCUGGAUCCCAGAUGUCUAACCUGAAUUUGCCUCCUCAGAUUCCAUCUCCAUUGCAAAGCCCAAUCCUCAGUGAUGUUGGCAGCACAAGGGCAGAUGAUGAUGAAGAAGACUGUCGAAAGCGUUAUCCAGCUGAUAAGGCAUUCUUUAUUGCCAAGGAAAUCCUGACCACAGAGAGGACCUAUCUGAAGGAUUUGGAAGUCAUCACUGUGUGGUUUCGUAGUGCUGUUAUCAAAGAGAAUGCAAUGCCACAAGGGCUAAUGACUCUGCUGUUUUCCAAUAUUGACCCUAUUUAUGAAUUUCAUCGGGGAUUUCUGAAGGAGAUUGAACAGAGACUGGCUCUUUGGGAAGGACGAUCCAAUGCACAUGUGAAAGGAAAUUAUCAGAGAAUUGGUGACAUCAUGCUUCGAAAUAUGUGUGUUCUUAAGGAAUUCACCAGCUACCUGCAGAAACAUGAUGAGGUUCUCACAGAACUGGAGAAGGCCACCAAGCGGUCAAAGAAGCUAGAGAGCGUUUACAAAGAGUUUGAGCUGCAGAAGGUUUGUUAUCUUCCCCUAAACACAUUCCUGCUGAAGCCAAUUCAGAGGCUGAUGCACUACAAGCUCAUCUUGGAGAGACUCUGCAAACAUUAUUGCCCCGACCAUCAAGAUUACGGAGAUUGUCAAGGUGCUCUAAGUGUGGUUCGAGAGAUGAGUGCUCAGCUGCACAGCAGUUUAAUUAGGCUGGAGAAUUUUCAGAAGCUCACAGAACUGCAACGGGACCUUAUUGGUAUAGAUAAUCUGGUUCUACCUGGAAGGGACUUCAUUCGGGAAGGUUGCCUGUAUAAACUUACAAGAAAAGGGCUCCAGCAAAGGAUGUUUUUCUUGUUUUCCGAUAUGUUGUUAUAUACAAGCAAAGGAGUAACGAGCAGCAACCAGUUUAAAGUACACGGCCAGCUACUGUUAUAUGGGAUGAUUAUUGAGGAAAGUGAGAAUGAAUGGGCUGUCCCACAUUGUUUCACCAUAUACUCUGCACAGAAGACUACUGUUGUAGCAGCAAGCUCCCGGACAGAGAUGGGAAAAUGGAUUGAAGACCUGAGCAAAGCUAUUGAACUGGUGAAGAAAACAAAUGAGAAGAGGGACCCAUUUCUGGAAAGCAGUAUCUAUGAUCGAUCAAACAGAUCGUCAGACGAGGUGUCACUGGAGCAAGAAUCUGAAGAGGAUACUCACUCCUCCCAGAGCUCGUUGGACAAGCAGACCCAUCACCGUGCCAAUACUACAGUGCACGUGUGCUGGCAUCGUAACACAAGUGUCUCCAUGCUGGACCACAGUGUUGCAGUGGAGAACCAGCUCUCUGGUUACCUGCUGCGGAAGUUCAAAAACAGCAAUGGGUGGCAAAAACUUUGGGUUGUCUUCACCAACUUCUGCCUCUUCUUCUACAAGACUCACCAGGAUGACUACCCUCUGGCCAGUCUUCCACUGCUGGGUUACUCGGUGAGCAUGCCUACCGACCACGACCACAUCCACAAAGAUUAUGUCUUUAAACUGCACUUCAAAUCUCAUGUCUAUUUCUUCAGAGCAGAAAGCGAGUACACUUUUGAAAGGUGGAUGGAAGUUAUCAAAAGUGCAACCAAUUCAUCAGGACGGAUAGUCCAUUGUGGCCAGAAGGAUACUUGAAUUGAGCUGCAAAAUUCUCAGUGUUGCCCUCUAGAACCUGCAGAGUUCUGUAGGAUACAUUAGUACCAGGAGUGCUUUGAAUGGAGGAAGCGGGAACUGGUUUCAAGGUGCACAAAGGAAUGGUCAAUUUGCUCUGACAACAAUGCAUUAGCAAGUUGAACUGACAAAACAUGGACAAGCUGCUGUCAUGAACAAGCCUGGUCACUCUUCAGAAAACAACUUCUUGCAUGUCUUAUUGUAUCAAUGGAGGAAUCAUUGUGAGGUUGGGAUGGGGUUAGAUCUGGAGUUUAAGGAUUGAUUUUUGGAUUAAAUUAAUGACGCUCUUGAUGAGUUAAAGGUUGACUGUUGUUUUCUCCAGGGAGUCUUGAUACAUCAUUUAACAAAUACCAAAGAAAUUGCUUCCUACACAAUAAAAAAAACAGAAGAGCACAUCUGGUGUUGUGCACA